AUACAGAACCUAGGACAUCCUGGUCCUUUCCUUUAAAGAGCUUAUCACUUCCUUCAUCAAGACCAGGUUUUGCUUCCUAAUUUCACCGCUGGAUUGAAAAAUUUUGAUUUCUCAUCUAUUUACCCACAUAGUUUAGAUUAAACUGUAGUUGAACAGCCAUGUAACACAUAACUUAUUUAGCCUAGACCUGCUGCUCUUACUUUGUUUUCAGAGCAUUUUACCAACACCUGCUAAGCAUCAAAUCUGUAACCAUGGAGUGUUAGGUAUUAUUGCUCCUUCUUUUUCCUUUCCUCUUCAGGCAGUGGAUACUCUUUGUAUUUGAUUGGGAUAGCAACAAUGUUAAGGACCAGGACGGAGGGGUUUUGCUAGAUCUGGAUGUGGAAGUUGAUACAAUGCCUUCCUCCCCUGGGUCCAUCUUUCUGCUAUGAUUUCAUGCCAGGAGCUACAAAUUUAUAAGGAAAAGGGGAGAGGGGAAAAAAAAUUGAACGAAGCAACCCUUCUGUUUUGGCUAAAAUGUCAAACACAAGACAAAAUUAUUAUUAUUUUUUAAACCCACGAUUUGGGGCAAAUUCUGAAAUUGCUGGCUUGCAACCCCUUCUCUUAUCGCUUGGUUUGGCUGGUUUCCAAAGCACCAAGGCUAGCAAUUGAAGGACUGAAAUAUAAUCGGUAGUGAUACAUUUUCACUACAUAAAACAUUGUCUGCCUCCAAAGCCUGGAGUGGCUCCGAAAGCAGUGCAUCCGCAACAGCUCCGGGCUGCUGAACUCGAGAGGGAGGAAACCCUGAUCACAAUGUCCCAGCAAAAGUGCAUUGUGAUCUUUGCCCUGGUAUGUUGCUUUGCCAUCCUGGUUGCCUUGAUUUUUUCAGCUGUAGACAUUGCAGGAGAGGAUGAAGAUGGACUCUCAGAAAAGAAUUGUCAAAAUAACUGUCGAAUUGCUCUGGUGGAGAACAUUCCUGAAGGCCUUAAUUAUUCAGAAACAGCACCAUUCCAUUUGUCACUUUUCCAAGGUUGGAUGAAUUUGCUCAACAUGGCCAAAAAGUCUGUUGACAUAGUGUCUUCUCAUUGGGACCUCAAUCACAGUCAUCCAUCAGCAUGCCAGGGUCAGCGUCUUUUUGAAAAGUUGCUACAACUAGCUGCUCGAAAUAUUGAGAUCAAAUUAGUGAGUGACGCAACAGUUCAUUCAAAAGUACUGGAAGACUUAAAAGUAAAAGGUGCAGAGGUGACAUACAUUGACAUGAAUGCUUACAACAAAGGUCGACUCCAAUCGUCCUUCUGGAUCGUUGAUAAACAGCACAUUUACAUCGGUAGUGCUAGCUUGGACUGGAGAUCACUAGGGCAGAUGAAAGAACUUGGUGUUAUCUUUUACAACUGCAGCUGUCUGGUCCUAGAUUUACAAAGGAUAUUUGCCUUGUAUAGUUCAUUAAGAUACAAAAGCAGAGUGCCUCAAACUUGGUCAAAGAGGUUAUAUGGAGUAUAUGACAAUCAAAAAAAAUUGCAACUUCAAUUGAAUGAAACAAAGUCUCAAGCAUUUGUGUCGAAUUCUCCUAAAGUCUUUUGCCCUAAAAAUAGGAGCUUUGACAUAGAUGCCAUCUAUAGUGUCAUUGAUGAUGCUAAGGAAUUUGUGUUCAUUGCUGUAAUGGAUUAUCUACCUGUCUCUAAUACAAGCACCAAAAGAACUUACUGGCCAGAUUUGGAUGGGAAAAUAAGAGAAGCAUUAGUAUUACGAAGAGUUAAGGUUCGACUCCUUAUCAGUUUCUGGAAGGAAACAGACCCCCUCACAUUUAAUUUUGUUUCAUCUCUUAAAGCUAUUUGCACUGAAAUUGCCAACUGCAGUUUGAAAGUUAAGUUCUUUGAUUUAGAAAAGGAGAGUGCCUGUUUUACAAAAGAACAAAAGAACAAUUCCUUUCCCAAGUUAAACAGAAAUAAAUACAUGGUAACUGAUGGAGCAGCUUACAUUGGGAAUUUUGAUUGGGUAGGAAAUGAUUUUACCCAGAAUGCUGGCACAGGCCUUGUUAUCAACCAAGCAGAUGUGGAAAACAGCACAAGCAUCAUCAGGCAACUUAAAGGGGUGUUUGAAAGGGACUGGUAUUCACCAUAUGCCAAAAAUUUACAACCAACUAAACAACCAAACUGCUCCAGCCACAAACUUAACAAAUUGACAACAAACAAGACUGCUGUAGCAUACAAUACAAGUGAGAAUGACCCCUUGAGUGUACAACAUGAAUGAAGACACCUGACAGGAUGGACAGAUUAACAUUUCAUAUCUACUAAUAAAAAAACUAGGGGAGGUGAGGAAGCCAAAAAAAGUUUUUUUUAAGGAAAAAGCACACAUCAAAAAUGUUCUCUAAACUGCAUACAAUAAUAUCUAUAUAACUAUAUUAUAGCUCUAUAUACUACGAUUUAAGACUUUUAUAUUUGUUACUUCUGACAAUGAAUGUUGUUUCUGCUUAGAGGUUAGUUUUCAAGUUUUACAUUUGAAUUUAAACAUUUCAAUUCUCUUCCUGUUUAUCCUUGCCUGGUUAUCACCACAAGAUCUGAGGAGAAAUGAAGGUGAGCUCUGUGAUGACUCUUUGAGAUCUGUUGAUUUACACAGGAUGGGGGUAUUUCACCUUGGAAAGGAUACCAGUAGGAUCACAUAAAUCACUCUCUGUACCUGUUCCACUAUACCAACAUCCAAGCAUUAUUGGUUUAUAUUUAUAUACCAUCCUCCAAAACAAUAUGCAAAACAAUGCCAUUUGGUUUUCUCACUCAAUUUCUUCCAGUAGCAUAGGUUUUAUAUUCUCUUCACCCCUUAUAAAAUUUUCUUGUUCUACAGAUAGAUUUCUUCUAAAUUAUAUUAUGUUCAUUCUCUACAACAUUAAUUUUGAGUGUGAUAUCUUUUGCAAAUGCCUUAUUCCUCUGAAUGACUGUACAAAGGAAAUGGAAGUCUUCAAUUUUCACUUUUCAACUGUGCUUUUUUUUUAUCAAAUUGGUAUUUUUGAACUGCAACCUUCAAUACACUGAAUAUUUUUGCAUGCUCCAAAAGUCAGGUGGAUUCCCAAUUUGGAAAAAACCAAACCAAAACAAAACAAAACAAUUAAUCACUACUAAUUCCCAAUGUUAGGUAAAGCCAGAUUUGGUUUGAGACUAUUUGAGUUUGGACUGGGGAAGGGAGAAGGAGAUAUUUAUUUUACAUUUUUAAAGCAUCUGGUAUUAUGGAAGAAAGACCUUUGUGGAACAAUUAUUUUAGUUUGCUUAGAAUCAUUAAGAUGCUUUUGAGAAUAAGUCAGCAAAAGUUUGUAGCAUUUUUCCUCUCUAGUCAUUUAAGAUACCAAAUGCUUUUCAGAGAAAUGCAAUUUUAAAACUGUGCUUUCAGUAUUUUACUAAUCAGCAUAGGGAUGCUGAUUAGGCUUAUUCUAUACUCUUGUUGUGUGUCAUUUUAUAAAUAUACAAUAUAGACUCAUAAAUAUAUUAAUAGAGGCUGUUGUCACAUGAGAGAGGCAUGGUCUAGUCCAAGCACAUAGUUGGGAGCCAGGACAAAAGAAUCCCAGAUCUCCUCCUGACUCCUUCUAUAGCUAGAGACAAGACACAUCACCCCUUUGCCUCCAGUUUCUAUUGGUAACGUAGGGACAGUAAUACCCACCUACCUCACAGAGAGGCUGUGAGGGUUAGGAACUAUUUACAGUGUUUUGAAAUCAAAAGAGCCUAUAUAAAUGCUAAGCAUUAUUACAUAUAAUCUUCUUUCUUGGGAUCACCUUGGUGUUAUCCUAAUAUAAUAAUUACGAAGUUCUUCCUGAAGAACUGGUGGAGGAACAAAACAUGUCUUCAAAGCUGCAGAUUUGGAUGAAAAAUCUCAUGGAGACGUAAAAACCCUAACAGGAGUUUGAAUUAUUAAGAAUGCUGGGAAAGCAUUUGAGUAGAACAUUUUGGCAUGUCAUUUUGUCUCAAUGUGUAGUAAUAUCAACAUGGAACACUGUGCUAGUCAUCUUUGAAAACAAUAAACCAAUUUGUUUUCAGAAUAAGAGAAAGCAUUCUCACCAACCACAAUGCUUCUUUUUCAACUACUUGGUUCUUACCAUGUCAGAAGAAACAGAGAUGUAUAUACAUCAGUUUUAACAGCUGGAUCCUGGUCCUAAAAGAAUGACUGAAGAUUUGUCUCACUACUGUAAAACUUUCUAGUUGUUUUAAAAUAAUGUUUGGCUGGAUGUGUCAACCAGUUUGAAAAUGGUGCACAUGCUAGAAUUGUAUUUUUUCAAAGACUACUGUACUUUUAUGAAAGAAUUUGACUUUUUUUAAGGUCUGUGGGUUUUAAUGACAUUCUUUAUCACUAAUGGCCAGUCUAUCCAGCUUGAAUAUUUAACACAGAUUCCAUUUAUUGUAGGGUGCUACAUGGAGAGCUUUGAUAUAAUGCAGGGAUCAAUAACCAUUCCAUUAAAGUCCAGUAAGGUUUGGUAAGUUAGCUUACAUAAAUAUACGAAGGGGAAAAAAAUCUAAGAGUACCCUUGAACUAAAUAGAGAGAGCCUGAGUUUAGAUCUGCAAAGGACAGCUCUAAAGGGAGAAGGGAGCAGCUGGUUCCACUGGGACAGCACUGUUUUAGUUCUAGAGAGAGAGGUGAGAAACACCACACAAGCUCUCUUGGAAUAGCUAUAGUAGAGAGAUAUGGUUGAAGUAACAGGGGGGUGGAUGAGGAGAGGAGGAAGUACAGAUACCCUUUGCACAUGUGAAGACAGAUAUAGUGCUGGCUGGGAACUGCAACUUACCUCCCUACCCUGCCCAGGUAGAAUCAUCACAUCCUAGAUUGUGUCCAGAAUCUACUUCUGCCCUUGUAAAAAUAGCAAUAUUUCCACCCUAAUGGUCCAUGAUAUAUAAUGCAGGGACUUUCUAAUCCGAACAUAUUUGGCAAUGGGAGGUUGGUCAAGGACUUUUUCAAGACAACAUUUACAUAAUUCAGCUUCUUAGAAGAUUGUGCCUGGGCAAUGAUAUGCAGAAACAUUACUAUGCAGAAGGCGUUGUUCUCUGUAGCAUUUUCAUUUGCUUUUCUAUAUGGGAGGCAUGGGGCGUGGGUCCCACUACUUUCUCUGCAAAAUGGCUUAUUAUUUCCUUUUUGGCUUUGAAGAUCCUACUUCCCAUCAGAAAAAGGCUAGAGGAAAUUGUUUUAUUCCCUAAGUGUAAUCUCAAAUUCUACAAGAAUCAUCAAGAAGGCACCUUUUUUUUCCUAAUAAGAGUGAUUUGGUUGACUCCAGAGAUGAUUCUCCCAAGAAAAGCAAAAUGAAAGAUGGUUAUUAAUUGGGAAUAUAUGAAAGACCUGUGUGCUGCAAAUAUUGACUAGUGCCUUAUUCAUCCUCAAGCAUUGAGUUCAAAAAAUGAUUAAUUAUACAUAGGUAAUUAUUCAGUUCAAUUUGAUAUCACUUGUUGAGAAAAAAAGAAGAAAAAAAGAUUGAGGGACUUUCUAUUUUAGCCUUGCAGAUAAAUACUCCAACGUUUACAAGCCCUCUAACUCUUUCAACCAGCCUAUCCUUCUAAGUCUUACCCCUGUAUUAUACAAAUUCAAUCACCUGUUUUGUUUUUUGUUGUUGAUGAUGUUCCCAUUGUCAUGCCAUGCACUGCAACUGGGCCUUGAAACAAGCAUUUGAAAGGUUAAUUUAAUCAUAAAUCAGUGGUUCAAAGCCUCUGAUAGAAUAUAUAUACUCCUUUUCUGCUAUUGUUCAUGAAUCAUAGAAUCUUAAGGGUUAGCAGGGACUUCAAAAAGUCUAACCCCUAUUUGAAGCAUGAAUCCCCUCUAUGACAUCCUUGAUAAGUGGACACCUCCAGUGAAGUGGACCUUAGGACUCCAUGACUUGGUGUGGUGCCCAUCCCUGAAUGUGAUAAAAUAAAUACAUAUUAAAAAUUUCUACCAAGACACCUCUGUCUUUCAAGAAAACAUACAAUGGUGUUUUGUGGAAUUCUAGGGUUCAGUGGGUCAUAGAAAAUACAUGUUAACAGGCAUCAAAAGAGACUAAGAAUCCCUAAAUAUGCAAAUUUGAAAACUAAGAAAAUACUCCCAGUCUAUAUAACAUUCCCCCAUCUUAAAGCUCAUGGAGCAUUCAAGGCUGUAUUUAUAUGUAUCUCAUUUUCAUCUUGGGUUGGACUGAGAUAGGUUCAAACAUUUUGCUUGUUCUUAUCCUUUUAACUAUUUUCUUAAAUGCAAUUACUGAGGGUUUUUUUUUUUUUUUUUUUUUAGUGCAUCACUGAGCCCUAGAAAUUGAAUGAUACUCUUUGACUAUCAGCUUGUGGCUAUAGUUAAGUAAUUCAUUUGGAACAUUAGAUUAUGGCCUGAUUGUUUUGCUCUAAGAAUACUUAAUAGAAUAUAAGAUGCAGAAAACAUCAGAAUGUAAAAAUUGCUAAGCAGGGUCAAACCUACAGUAUAUCCUGCCCAAUAAUUCUGCAUUAGAAUUUACGUUUACAUGAUUAUCUGGGUUUUUCUUUUAAAUCUGUACAUGUGAUUUAAUCAAAGCAUGUGACCCCCCAGUAUGGAAACUCUUUCCAUUAGUGUACAGUUCAAUAAAUCAUCUAUAACUUAGUCAUUGAAUCUUAGAGAAUAAAAUGGUGGGAAUGAGAGGUUAAAUGACAAUCCACAGUCACACAGACAGCAUGUCAAAAGUAGAAUUUGAAUCCAAAUGUACUAUAUCACACUCCAUCUAUUCCUAAGUUUGCCAGUCUGAAAUUCAUUCCACUAUUUUUGAAGCUCCUGGAACGCUGUUUGAACUCUAAACCAGAAUCAUCUUCCUCUGAAAAAUGAGACACUUGUUGUUGGUUGUUCAAACAUAAGUCCCCUAAAAAGAAUUCUGUGUAUUCCUAAUAAAUAUUUCACUCACUUUAUACCCUUUAUUCCUAAUGUCAGCCUUUUAGAGAGGAUGUACUUUAUCUUCAACCUUCUGGGAAGCAAAAUUAAUCUGACUUCGCUUUAACUAAAGACAGGCUAAAUAUAUAUUUUUUUCUAUUCUUUUCUCCCGUGCAAUAUAAUUUUGCUUCUUUUCCUAACUGGGAACUAUUACUCUUUUCCUGCUCUAUUUUGAUAACCAAAUUGCUGUUUGCCACUUCUGGUUUAUUCAUUUAAAAUUGCUGAAAGGCUUAAAUAAACGUUAGACUCAGAUGGAGCUUGCAGCCUGGCAUUCCCAUUUGGGAAAAUUCAUAUCUUCAGCAGAAUUGCAAUCAUAGUUUUAUGUAAUAGCCAGCCAGCCAGUCUAUGUAGCAUAGUUUCUUGGACCCUUAAAAACUGUGUUUCCUUCACUUUAUGUGGACCAUGAGCAAUACUGCAGGUCCAGAAUUCUUCAAGAUGAAUCCUGUUACAUAAGUAAUUUUAGAUACCUAUGUGAAAAAAGUAUGAGUUUUGAUAAGCUGGAUAAGUGUUUGCUUUUGCUAUGUUAACAACUUUCUAUUCUGUUAUAAAUAUCUUGAAUUUGUAAAUGCAUCUUUAUUAUACUGAUGAAAUAAAGUUGUAUCUCAGUCUAUGUAGGGACACAAAACUAACCCUUGAAUUCAUAUACAAGUUGGUAAAAUAAAGGCUGGGUUUGGGAGAUAGUUAUAAAUCUUCUCAAUUCUUUCGUACAACUGAGCACUAAACUUUGUAGAAUAAAGUAUCAAAAUGAAGGCUUUUUCAUAUUGUAACAUGAGGCAUGUCUUAUUUUUCAUCAUAUCUUGGUCUCAGAAACCAAAUUAGAUGUCAAUUGUUAUCUUAUAUCAUAAGUGACUGAAAAGAAUAAGGUCAAUGCUGAUCCAUCGGGAUUAUGGUCCCACUGUUUUGUAAAUUAGCCCAAGAAACUGUCUUUGUAAUAUUACUCUUAUCUCUAUAAAAAUAUUUGUUUUUAACAAUG